AUGGUCUCAGUGCUCACCGCCAAUGUUGUCACUGCGUGCGUAGAAUGCACAUUAUAUGGUAUAUUCCUCGUGCUCGCUCUCGUUGCAUUCUCCCUCUGGGUCCGCCGCCACGCUUCCGAUAGUCCGCGGCCGCGAUGGCGUUCCCUGAUAUGGGAUCUCAGAAGGUCGCCACUGAUCAUGGUGAAUCUCUUCUUUGUGGUCACGAUUACCGCGCACUGGGUAGUAGGCAUUCAUCGACUGCUGGUCGCCGUCGUGAGCCAAGGCGACACUACAAAAUCGACCGCUUUCUACAGCGACCUCCGCCAAACGACGGAGAUCAUCCGGUGUGCAUUCCUAUUCCUCGACAUGCUCGUCGGUGACAUCACCAUCACCUAUCGCACCUGGCUGGUCUGGCGCCGGGACUUCCGCGUCGUCAUCUUCCCGACAUUCACCAUCUCUGGCCUGCUAGCGACCGCGAUCGGGCUGAUGUACCUGCUCCUCGCAGCGACCCCGAGCCAAAGCAUAUUCGCGACCGCGUUCGGCCGCUGGAUUAUCGGCUUCUGCGCCGCCACGCUCGUCGGGUGCUAUACUAAACACCGCGCAGGCAUGAUAAUGUACCGCAUGUGGACGACGAACCGCGCGCGCCAGAAGCACGGCCUCCUCACCGCGAGCGGGGGAAGCCACAUCCUGAUCUUCGUCGAAAGCGCGGCGCUGUACAGCGCGUGGACGGCGGUGUUCGUCGUGCUCUACGCGGUGCGCUCGCCACUGCAGACGGUCGGGAGCGGCUGCAGCCCGACGAUCACCGGGAUCUCGUUCAUGCUCAUCACCGUGCGCGUGAACCUCGGCUGGGUAUACAACGCCGCGCACCUCCGCGGCUCGUCGGACGGCGCGCGCAGCCUCCCGUCCGCGACGGCGAGCGGCGGGCGUCCAGGCACGGUCGUGCAUCUCGGGGGCGACGCGAUCCCGAUGCGUGCGAUUAGCUUGAGUGUGACGCGCUCGGAUGUGGAGGUAGGAGAAGGCAAGGAGGUGGGGUUGGGCGAGGACGGCUGAGCUUGACCCUAUGGGUAAUUGUAUUUUCUUGGACGUCAAAGGCCAUGCCUACGUUAGUUGUCGAGCUAUGCAUAGCGGACUAGCGCGGAUAGGUUACUUCCGCCUGCACCACCGCGGGACUUGUAUUGUAUACGAGCGAUCUUAUCAUUCCCGUAGGGAAAGAGUCA